CUGCGGAUCCCUAUGAUGCGCUUUUUUGGAGGGAGUUGCUUUCCGCCCGCGUGCAGGCUCGCAGCCCGAGGAUCAGUACAGAGAGGAGAGCGCUCCAGCUGUUCCUCAUGGACACACGCGACGAGGGGACAGCACUGGAUGUAAAAGACGAACAGCUGGAUUCUUCUCCUCCUUUGAUGAAACUUGAUCCGUAAGGGCCUGUUCCGGGCCUCUGUUCCUCUCAGCUGAUGGAAGCCUUCAGAGAGAAUGCCUACAAUGAGAGCUUCUUGGAAAAUGGCUUCCACAUUUUCAAUGUUACAGACGGAGGCAGGAGGCACCAGUACAAUUACUACGCCAUGCUCCUCACUCUGCUCAUCUUCGUCAUCGUCUUCGGCAAUGUGCUCGUGUGCAUGGCUGUGUCCAGAGAGAAAGCCCUGCAGACCACCACCAACUACCUGAUCGUCAGCUUGGCCGUGGCUGACCUGCUGGUGGCCACGCUGGUUAUGCCAUGGGUGGUAUAUCUUGAGGUGGUGGGAGAAUGGAGAUUUAGCACAAUCCACUGUGACAUCUUUGUCACCCUUGAUGUGAUGAUGUGCACAGCAAGCAUCCUUAAUCUUUGUGCCAUUAGUAUUGAUAGGUACACAGCAGUUGCCAUGCCAAUGCUGUAUAAUACGCGCUACAGCUCCAAGAGGAGAGUCACGGUCAUGAUCUCAGUGGUGUGGAUUCUGUCUUUUGCCAUAUCAUGCCCCCUGCUGUUUGGACUCAACAACACAGAGAGCCGUGAUGACGCCCUGUGUGUAAUUGCGAAUCCUGCUUUUGUAGUGUACUCUUCUAUCGUGUCCUUCUACGUGCCCUUCAUCAUCACACUGCUUGUGUAUGUGCAGAUCUACGUAGUGCUGCGCAAACGGCGGAAACGCGUUAGCACAAAACGCACAUAUCCAAGCACCACCGUAGACACAGGCACAGCUUUGAAGAAAUGCACUCACCCUGAUGAUGUGAAGCUGUGCACUGUCAUCGUCAAGUCCAAUGGGAAUUUCCCUGUUAAUAACAAAAAUGUGAUCUUCAUAAAGGAGGUGGUCAACAAUGGAGAAGACGUCCAAAUGGAUGAAGUUACAAACCCAGAGCCUGCAAACCAGAGAACGCUUGAGCAGACUGGUGCCAGCCAGCAUGGCCUGCUGCUGGGCUCCAACCACAGUGAGACAGACGUGCUGCCUGCAGUUCCUGAGGCCUCGCUCAAACCUACCAGGAACGGAAACACCAACGAGGCCCCCAAAGUGACGAAAGCGUUCGAGACGCAGGUCUCCCCCAGCGGCAAAAUGCAGACAUCUGUUAAGUCCUUCAACAAACGCAAAAUCUCUCAGCAGAAAGAGAAGAAAGCUACUCAGAUGUUGGCUAUUGUCCUUGGUGUUUUCAUCAUAUGCUGGCUGCCGUUCUUCAUUACGCACAUAGUGAACACUUACUGCCACGUCCCAGUAGAACUCUACACAGCUUUCACCUGGCUGGGUUACGUCAACAGCGCUGUGAAUCCUAUCAUAUACACCACCUUCAACAUCGAGUUCCGCAAGGCUUUCAUUAAGAUCCUGCAUUGCUGAGAGUGGACAUACCUGCGAAGCCUCUGGAAAACCCUUCUCUGAGGACUCUGAGGUGUAAAAAUGGAGGCCCUAAAGCUCCGGAACAUUUUUGAAGGAGAGUUAUACGAUGAAUGUACAUAAAGCGAUGUAUGUAUUAUAAAAUUAAGCAAUUUUUUCCAAGGGGCAUAUCUGGCAACAAAUGAGAUGCACAGCACAUUACAACAGAGUAAUGAACUCGUGGCAUGUUUCACUUUUUUAAGCAGUAUCUAUAAGCUUUAA